UUCCACAGCACGGCUGCUGCGACAUUUUUGCAACGAAUUCAAUUGCAACGAAAAUGCAAAGGCUGCAAGUAAAUCUAAAACGCUUCACUUAGCCAAAAGGCAACCAGCCACACUCAGGCAAUCUUAGCAUAAUAAGGAGCAACGAAUAUUCUUAUUCUCUAAUUUGUUUUGUGUUUGCCGUGUAUUUUUGUGGGUGCGGAUGUGUGUGUGUGUGUGUUCUGAAACUGCAACACAUAUAAAAUCGAUAAAUCCAAGCCAAAAUAAAAUAAGGCAAAAAUCAACAACGGGAACGGGCUACAAAGUACGUGUAUUAGUAUUGGAGAGAGUGGGUGUGCGUGUGCGUAUGCGUAUGCGUGUGUGUGUGUGUGGAUACGUGUGUAUUUGUGUGCCUGUGCGUGGGAAAGAAAACAAAACGAACAAAACAGUGAAAACGACAACGGCUGCGUAGGCACAGGAAGUGGCAGCAGCAGCGGCGUUGACGUCGGCGUUGGCGUUGGUGUUGGCAGCAGUAUCAGGACAAAGCCCGCGGAAGUGAACAGUUACAGUUAGUGGCAACUUUAACCUGCGACCCCUUCCAAAUAAGCCAAAGCCUAACAAACACGCCAUUUGUCCGACAGUGUUCCCCCAAAACUAGGCAACGAUAUAUGUAUAUACACAUAUACCUGUGUAUGUAUAUGCAUGUAUGUGUGUAUGCACAUAUGCGUGUGUGUGCGCGUGUGUAUAUUUAGUAAGCCUACGCAUUUAUUUUAGUUACCGAAGUUUAAGCACAAAAAACGCUUGCACUUCAAAGCGAAUAUUUAUAAGCGUACCCUUCCAUUUCCUUUCAUGUUGUGCCCUGUCCUGCCCUGCCCCAAACCGACCGCUAUACUACACCAACGCCAGCAUACACACACAAAUGUAUAAAUGUGCACACCCACAUACAUGCAUACAUACUUGUGCCGCGAAAACAACUGCUUCCCUUUACAAUCCGCAAGUGCGUUACCUUAAUGCGCCUUAUCAUUAUGUCCAAUGAUGAAAGUGACGAUCUGACCUGCGGUAAUUUUGAAAAAAUCAAUAUUAGCACCUGGAAUUAGCGUACACAUCGAUGUGCAAAAACAAACAACAACAGUUGAAGAACAAAAUCAGUGUUGUUUGGCACCUAACAGAAAACCCUUAAACUCCCACACCAUUCCCAUCCUUAUCCCACAUUAUCGAACAAAAAGGCAGACACGCGCGUUUGUGUGCGUCGGCGUGAUGAACACAUGAUUUGCUCUUAAUCGUCGUUGCAGAUAAACCAAAGUAUGGAGCUCAAGUAAAACAUUCAAUCAGUUGACAUUAAACAGCUAGCAAGCUUCCCGGACGAGCGUGAGUGAGCGAGCUUGGGAGCCACAGCCAGUGCGUGACUGUGAGUGUAAGUGCGUGCAAUUCCACACAUUGAAAACUUGCCAAAGGCUCAAAAUGACGGAACAAAAGAAUCAAGUCACACGUGCCAUGCCGGAGCAGAGCAACGACUAUCGUGUCGUCGUCUUUGGAGCCGGCGGCGUUGGCAAGAGUUCUCUGGUGUUGCGCUUCAUCAAGGGCACGUUUCGCGAGAGCUAUAUACCCACCAUUGAGGAUACGUAUAGACAGGUUAUCAGCUGCAACAAAAACAUUUGCACGCUGCAAAUUACAGACACGACCGGCUCGCAUCAAUUUCCAGCAAUGCAACGUCUAUCUAUAUCUAAGGGGCAUGCUUUUAUUUUGGUCUAUUCGGUGUGCUCAAAACAAAGCUUAGAGGAGCUGCGGCCCAUUUGGGCGCUCAUAAAGGAACUGAAGGGAACCGAUAUACCCAAUAUACCGGUUAUGCUUGUGGGCAAUAAAUGCGAUGAGAGCGCUGAGCUGCGUGAGGUCUCACAGAUAGAGGGCCAGACUCAAGCGACGACCUGGAGUAUAUCGUUUAUGGAGACGUCGGCCAAAACCAAUCACAACGUGACCGAGCUCUUCCAGGAAUUAUUGAACAUGGAGAAAACGCGUACGGUUUCGCUGCAAUUGGACACGAAAAAGCAGAAGAAACAGAAAAAAGAGAAGAAAAACAAGGAGACGAACGGGGGCAUACCCGAGAAUGGGGAGGCGAGCGCCAGUGGGGCCAAGGAGAAGUGUCAUGUUAUGUAAGGCAUGGACGACAUCUUGGCCUGGGUUGGACUAAUACUCGGUUUGGGACUCGCAGCGUGAUGUUGAUGUUUUACCACUGGUAGUACCCGGAUACUCAACCAACCAACACCCACCCACCCACAAGCACACAUACACGCGCACACACACUCUAAAACCCAUUAACUAAAGGCAAGCCGUUAGCGGAGAAAAUGAAAGGAAUUGGCUCUACAAAUACAAUUACAACAGCAACAAGAACAACACAGACAUAUACAUAAUGGGGACUGAUGAUAUCUGAGAACAGAAGAAAUACCACUCAUACAUAUGUAUACAUAAAUGGAUGUAUCUAACUAUCUGGCUUACACUUUUCCAUCAUAGACGGAACUUAAUUAGACAGAUUAUAGUUUGCAUAGCUAUUUUGCUUUUAUUUGAUAUUUAUUGUUAUGAUCGGUCCCUUA